CCCCCCCCCCCCUUCACAGCCCUGCACAGGACGUACCUCCAUCACCAGCUGGAAACCCUCCCGCUUCUUCAUCUCUUCUGCCAGGUCCCUGGAGCAGAAGAAGGGAGCAGCCGUGAGUCAGUGCUCUGCGGCUGCUCCGUGGGGCCUGGGACCAGCUCCCUGGGCACCCCCUGCCCGUGCUCAGCAGGUGCAGGUGAAGGCACGGUCCACGUGCUUCCCCAACCCCUGGUGCCCACGGCUUUCCACAGCAGCCACCUUGUGCCCACACUGCAUUGCCAACAGCCCCCACGUUCCCCCUCCCAGGGCCUUGUCCACCCCCAGCCCCUCCGGCUUCCAGCACAAUGUGACACCUCCAUGUAUCUCCAGGCUGGGGAGGGGGCACAGGGACAUACUGGCUGGUGUUGGGGGUCUCUGUGAUCAUCCGUCCAGCCAGUGCAUGAUGGUCCAGCCCGGAGAACAGCUGGGUAAAGAACCGGGAGUGGCCUGGGGAGACAAAGAGGGUCUGUAGCCGGAUACCAGAGAGGGGGACAGAGGCUGGGUCUGUGCUACCACCAGGAUAGAGGUGAGGCAACUUCAACACAGAUGCCAGCACUGGGGGGACUCGGGAGCUGCAGACACAGCCCCCACCCCCUGGAGCUGUGCUCUUAGCUGUAGCAGUGGUAGGGCUGUUAUCCUCCCUGGGCUGUGGCCACUGGGGUUGCCAGUCCCACGUAGUGAGCUGGGCUCGGCUCACCUGGCACGUUCUAGGGAUGCAUCACCAUCUCCCUGUGCACAGAAGAGCUGUGUCCUGCAGAGCAGCCCGGGGGUAGAGUCAGUGCCCACGUCACCUCCGUGUCUUCACGCUGUAGUGAAUGACGUUGCGGCAGCACCGCAGCAGCUGCGGCCAGGGCUCCCUGCGGCCCCGCAGCUCCAGGUCCUCAGGGGCUGCUAACAUCUCGCUCCUGAUCCUGCCCCACGUGAGGGAGGUAGCUGGGCCCCGCUUGGCCUGGCAUCUCCGGGCAUCUGGUCCCACAUGCAUCGUUCUGCACCGCUCACUCCUCCAGUCUGGAUCCACUGCUGUUGCUCCCAGCCCCUUGGGCUCGUUCCUGCAUCCUGGACCCAGCUCUGGGGACUGCAGCUCCCUUCACGCUGGGCACCACCGGUCCCCCAACACCUGCUGUGAAAGCUCCCAGCCCCACAGCCCUGCCUGCCCUUGGGGCCCCUGCAGACCCCUCUCUGCUCAGGCAGCUGUCAGUCCCCUCUAGACGGGCAUGGCAAUUGGGGCUCCCCUGGCAUCUCCCUGCCUGCCUAGCCAAGCUCUCCCAGCUCCCAGCUAGGCUGGCACAGCACUGAGGCCUGGUUUCUACCCCUGGGCUCGUUCUGGCUCCUGCUGUUAGCACGAUGCUGCCUCAUCACACUGUACAGGAGGCCUGUGCCCCGCAGCACCCGCUACCAGUAAAGCACCAUUCGCACGAGGGCAUCCAUGCACCGUCGUUCCAGCUGGUGCAUCCAGGAUGCAUCUCUGCAGCAGAUCAGGCAGGGCAGGGGGAUACAGCCACAAAGAGCCACCUGCCCUGCCCACACCCACACGCUUCAAUUUUCCCUGUGUGUGAAGCCAAUGCCCCUUCCCAAGUGACUGGCAUUUGGCUGGCAGCAAAUGCAGUGCCAGGGGUUGGGGGUUAUCUCCAAAGGUGCUGUAUAGCAGCAAAGUGCCCCCUCCAGAGGGAACCCCCAUUUUCUGGGGGAUAACACCCCCUCCAGGGGUGCCUCUGCUGUGCUCAGGGUGCCCCAGUCCCCACCAGGCCCCACGCAGCAGAGGAAGGAAGAGCCAGAGCGAAAGCAAAACCAAAACCAGUGGGUUUUUUUCCGUGCUCAAUCAUGAAUGUCACCCGCUCCGACCCUUCUCCCCGUGGCACGAUCUGGGCGCGGCCCUUAGGAAUCGCCAUGGCCAAGCAGCUGCAAGAGCUCCUGCAGGAGCUGGACGAGGAGCAGUUCAAUAACUUCAAGUUCUUCCUGCGGCACUCGGCGCCUGAGCCCCGGAUCGCUUGGGAGCUCCUGGCCAAUGCCUCGCGCGAGCAGACCGUCAACCUGAUGCUACGGUGCCACUCCCACAAUACCCAGGAGCUGACCCUGCAGUUGCUGGAGCUGAUCUGCCGACUUGACCUGGCCCAGUGCUUCCAGCCCCCAAAAGACAGAGCUGCGUCCAUCGGGGCCAGUGGGGCUGCUGCCAAGGGCCAUGGGCCAGCCCUGGCCCCAGCAGGGCGGCCGAGGCUGGUGUCACAGUCGCAGCUGAUGAACCUGGCCAGCUGCAUGGGCCGGAAGUGGCGCCAGAUUGGGAUCCAGUUCCUUGGGCUGGAGUAUCACCAGCUGGAGCAGGUGGAAGAGGACCACCGUGGCGACCUGGUCCUGCAGGCCUUUGGCAUGCUGCUCGAGUGGAGGCAACAACAAGGACGGGCAGCCACGGCUGCCCACCUGCACAGCAUCCUCUCUGCCCAGAAAGUGCCCCUGCAGCCCGAGGCCCUGGAUUGCCUCCUGGAGCCGGAGCAGGGCUGAGUGGGACAGGAGUUGGCACAUGGGCUGGGGCUGAGGCUGGUCCCAGCUGGAGAGGCAGUGACAAGGGGUUUG